GCGGGGCGGGGGGCCGGACGGGGGGCGGGGCCGCCGGGGCGCGGGUGGCGGCGCGGGCGGCGGGGCGGCCAUGCCGUACGCCAACCAGCCCACGGUGCGCAUCACCGAGCUGACGGACGAGAACGUCAAGUUCAUCAUCGAGAACACGGACCUGGCGGUGGCAAACUCCAUUCGAAGAGUGUUCAUCGCGGAGGUCCCCAUCAUAGCCAUUGACUGGGUCCAGAUAGACGCCAACUCCUCUGUGCUCCAUGAUGAAUUCAUUGCACACAGGCUGGGUCUCAUCCCACUCACCAGCGAUGACAUUGUGGAUAAAAUGCAAUAUUCCAGAGACUGCACAUGUGAUGAGUUCUGUCCAGAGUGCUCUGUGGAAUUCACCCUUGAUGUCCGGUGCAACGAAGACCAGACUCGUCACGUCACAUCCCGCGAUCUGAUCUCCAAUAACCCCCGGGUCAUACCGGUAACGUCUCGGAGCAGAGACAAUGACCCCAAUGACUAUGUGGAGCAGGACGGUAAGCGGCAUUUCACUGGGAAUAAGAGCUGGAGAAGGAAAUUAAUUUGUCUUUCAGACAUCCUCAUUGUGAAGCUGCGGAAGGGCCAGGAGCUGAGACUGCGAGCCUAUGCCAAGAAGGGCUUUGGCAAGGAGCACGCCAAGUGGAACCCCACAGCAGGUGUAGCCUUCGAGUAUGACCCAGACAACGCGCUGAGGCACACAGUGUACCCCAAACCAGAGGAGUGGCCCAAGAGCGAGUACUCUGAGAUUGAUGAGGAGGAUGCUCAGGCUCCCUAUGACCCCAACGGGAAGCCAGAGAGGUUUUAUUACAAUGUGGAGUCCUGCGGUUCUCUGCGCCCAGAGACCAUCGUUCUCUCUGCACUGUCUGGCCUGAAGAAGAAACUGAGCGACCUGCAGACCCAGCUGAGCCAUGAAAUUCAGAGUGAUGUCCUCACUAUAAACUGAGGUGGCCUCUUGCAAGAGAGUGCUCAGCUGUGAGUGAUGCGGAAGGUCCUUGCCUCUGCCCGGCAGUGCUUUGAGCUGAGGCUCUUACCUCCCCAUCUCCCUCUGCCUUCAUCCCUGGCCCUCCUUCCCAGGGUAAGCCAUUGUGAUGUGUGGGGUAUAGCAGGAAGGGAAUCGGUGAUUGUCUUUGCUAGGACAGGCUUUGUCUCCAAGUGGUCCCAGGGUUUAGGCCAGAGUUUUGGAUUAUGGCCACGUGGUGUCUGGGAUUGGGAAGUGUGCGCCUCCGUUACACAACCCUACUUUAUUUGCAUGUCUGUUUCUUACUGUGCUGAAUAAAGCCUUACACAC